GCUGUCAGUCAGACAAAGACCGUCAGUCAGUCAGGGCGAGUCUUCCACACACAACAUCACAUCAAAUAUCAUCUUUAUCAUCCAACAAGAGCGCAUUAAAUGAUCUGCUGCGCUGACAUCUUGUGUGUUUUACUCUUUACAGAAUGUCUCACUACACAGAUGAGCCGCGGUUCACCAUCGAGCAGAUCGACCUGCUCCAGAGACUGCGGCGUACGGGUAUGACCAAACCUGAGAUCCUGCACGCCCUGGACACCCUGGAGAGACUCGACCGCGAGCACGGGGACAAAUUCGGCCGGCGCGGCCCGUCGGACUCUACCGCCACCAACAGUACCACCUCCAGCACUACACCCACCUCAAACAACGCUAACAGCGCCCCUGUGGCAACGUCCUCCACCACUUCCACGGCGACGCAGACACAGUUUCACGGUAACUUGUCGCCGUCUCCCAGCAUCAGUUACGCCACUUCUCCGCCCACCGUCUUACCCUCGCCGGUCUCCCUGGUCGCCAUGACGCAAAACGGGCGGGACACGUCGGCAGCCACGCCCAACGGGAAGCUGUCUCCAAACCGUUACCCAAUGAACAGUGCGGCGGCUGUGAGGUCAUACGGGCUGGAGGGGUCAGAGGAGGACCUGGAUAUAGAUGACAAGGUGGAAGAGCUCAUGAGGCGGGAUAGCACGCUGGUGAAGGAUGAAAUCAAAGCUUUCCUGGGAAACAGACGCAUCUCACAGGCCGUGGUGGCUCAGGUCACAGGCAUCAGUCAGAGUCGAAUCUCUCAUUGGCUUCUCCAGCAGGGCUCAGAUCUGAGUGAACAGAAGAAACGAGCUUUCUACCGCUGGUACCAGCUUGAGAAGACCACACCGGGUGCCACACUAAACAUGAGACCCGCUCCUGUCGCUCUGGAUGAGAUGGAGUGGCGUCAAACCCCUCCUCCUAUAAGCUCCACCCCCGGAAGUUUCCGUCUGCGCAGGGGCAGUCGAUUCACCUGGAGGAAGGAAUGUCUUGCUGUCAUGGAAAGUUAUUUCAGUGAGAAUCAAUAUCCAGACGAAGCCAAACGAGAGGAGAUCGCCAACGCCUGCAAUGCUGUCAUUCAGAAACCAGGUUUCUCCUGCUCAGGGAAGAAGCUGUCGGACUUGGAAAGAGUCACAUCUUUAAAAGUCUACAACUGGUUUGCCAACCGCCGCAAGGAGAUCAAGAGGAGAGCUAAUAUCGGGUCUUUUUUCCAAGAAGCCACAAUCUUGGAGAAUCACGGAAUUGAUGUGCAGAGUCCCGGAGGACAUUCCAACAGCGACGACAUCGACGCCAACGAUUACAAUGAACAGGGUUGUGAAGUGUCCUAUUUUGAAAAGAGAGGCUUGAACCGACCCUUCGGUUACUACCGGCUGGAGCCAACUUCCCCGACGCAGGAUGAAGGUGCCAAUCACACGGACCAUCAGGACCCCAUCUCUCUCGCCGUGGAGAUGGCAGCUGUCAAUCACAGCAUCCUCGCCCUAUCCCAUCCCGGAGGCGUGCCAGGUGAAAUCAAAACAGAGGCCAUCGACGAUGACUGAGGAAGACUGUAGGAUGAAGAGGACAGACGCGCGCGUGCGUAUGGGGCGGAUGACCAAAACAAUGCUCUUAUCUCAAGCUUUUAGAAUCUGAUAUCAUUCCUGCUGAACCACUAAACAUACACAACACAACACAACACAACACUGACACGUGAAACACAAACUGACCCAAACCUCGUACCUCAUUCCUGUAUAAUGUUUUGUGUGCUUCCUGUCUGUGUAUUCCAGUAAACGUAUUUCCUCGUUCUCACGGAUGCCGAUCCGUGCGGCGGUAGUUUUAGUACAGGUGUCGGUCUGAAACACUUUUGUUUGGUGAUGGACCGAUACGUCUGAACACUACAGAUGUUCUCAUGAAAACUUUACAGGGUUACAUUUCAUCACAACAUCAAAUGACAAGCAAGUUGUUUUGCAUUGUGAGGUUACACCCCAGUAAAUCUCAUUAUAGCACUGCAGUACAAUAGUUCUUUAUUGUAAUAUGCAUAAAGUUUUUUUAAAGCAUUUACCUUACUUUUGAUUUUGGGGUGAAAUAUGACCUGGUCCAGUUUGGUUAAACCAUACUUUGAUUUGGUUUAUGCAUGAAAGAUUUCCAUGAAACGCUAUUAAGUCGCCAAGACUCUAAAUUAACCUGCAGAGGGAGAUUUCAAUUUACAGGUCAUUUUAUUUAACUUUUAAAUGUCCAGCAUUACCCAAACUGAAUUUGUAUUCAACAUUAUUCUUGUGUUUGUAUUUAUUUAGCUUUAUUUACGUUUUGUAUUCAGAGAGAAAUGAGACACAAAGACUCGAUAUAAGCGUGAUUUUUGUCUGAAGAUGACAGCAGUAUCACGAUUGAUUCACCGAUGUUUGUAUUUGAUUUACUGUUGUUAAAUGGUGAUUUAAUUUCGCAGUGUUAAAAGUCAGACUGAUUUAUAAAUCUGCUGCCACAGAGCUUUGAGAGGCUAAACUCUCAUCUUAUAUAAGCUUGGAUCCAAAAUGUAGCAUUUUACCAUUUCUAACAUUUGACUUGGUUUGGCCACAUUCAUAAAGCAGGAAGAGAUGAAUUUUGUGUAAAUUGUUCUUAGGUAAUAGUCACGUUCAAGUCAAUGCCAUAAGGGUUUCAUUCUUAUGCAAAUCUAUACAAAUUCAUUAUUCUCAUGUUUUAUGAAUGAGGCGCUUUGAUUUUAUACGUGCCCUUCCUUUAACUUAACUGUACAAAUAAUCAAUUGAUAUAUUUAUAAAAUGACACAUAAUUUGUUUUUAUUUAACACUAUUUUCUCUUUUGUUCAGAGCAGUCUCUUAAUGUGUGUCUUCAUGUAAAACUCAAGCACCCCCUUCAUGUUACAAACACUACGUUCAGUGUGCAUUACAGCCAUUUCACUUCUGACCUUUAAUAUGUGAUCAUAAAGUAAAAAAGUCUCUUCAUCAUCAUCAUCAUCUCAUUUACAGAACACACAGAGACUUUCCCGUUUACUUUAGUGUAGAGAUCAGAGGAUGUUUUUGGGUUGCAGCAGGGCUCUUACAGGUGUACAUGAGUUUCUGAAUGUAUAUCAAAGUAAAGACGCUACUGCCUCCCUGUUGAAAGAUGGUGCCAAACUACAGUAACACUUCAAGUAUUGAAUCACAAUUAUAUACACAAUACUGUCUGUGAAUGAAAUGUUGCGUGUUUGUUUUUCUGUGAACUCUGCUGAUUUUAAAGGGGGUGCUGUUCAUUGAGUUCAGUUCUUCAGGGUGCAUCGUUUAGAGCCGAAAAUCUCACGCUUAUAAAAGCAACUGUAUAAAUAAACAGCAUAGUAAAUAUGAACAUAAAAGAUCAAAUAUUAUUAUUGAUUUGAAAGAGUUCUGUUCUGAAUCAUCUGUAUUUCACAUUUAAAAAUUUAGUGCCUUUUUUGGACAGUAGACUGUUCUGUAAUUAUACUAUAGUAUAUAUGAACAUUUUUGUACAGUUUCUUUGUUUAAAAUGACUUUUUUUAAGACUUCUGUUUAUUUUAGUACUUUAUCUUCUGGAAAAUAAAAGUAUAUUAAUGAUGA